GGCGUGGAUUUUAGUAUCUCCUCAUUAUUUAUCUCUGGUGUAAAAUACAUUUGUUUUGGCAGAUUACUACGAUUUACUGUAAAAUUGGAUAUUUUUGGUUUCAUUGCGGUUAAUUAUUUGAAUGAAUGAUAUUACGGUUAAGAAUUAGGAAUUGUAUCGCCACUUCAGAAAAUGCCUUUUGGUCCCAGAUUUCAGAACAGCGUUGAUGUCUUCCUCACAAGCAAAUGACCCCCUACAGAGCUUUAUGGGAAUAACACUUUUGACCAAAAUUUCAGAAACAUCUAUUCCUAAGUUCACAAAAUGUUAGCUCACAGAAAUCUCUUCCGGAGGCCAUGGUCUUCUGAUGUCCGCCUUGAUGACAAAACCGUGGUCAUAACUGGAGCCAACACUGGUAUUGGAAAAGAGACUGCGCUGGACCUGGCAAAGAGAGGAGCCAGGGUCAUCAUGGCCUGCAGAGACAUGGAGAAAGCAGAAGGGGCCCUGAAAGAAGUCAUAGACGGCUCAGGCAACCAAAACGUUGUCAUCAAGAAACUGGAUUUGUCAGACACAAAGUCUGUCCGGGAGUUUGCUGAGACCAUCAACAAGGAAGAGCCAAGGCUCAACAUCCUAAUCAACAAUGCUGGCGUCAUGGUGUGUCCAUAUGGGAAGACGGUGGACGGAUUUGAAAUGCAGAUCGGUGUGAACCACAUGGGUCAUUUCCUGUUGACACACUUGUUGAUCGACCUGAUCAAAAGUUCGACCCCGGCCAGAAUCAUCAACGUCUCCUCUAUGGCCCACUCCUGGGGUACGAUCAACCUGGACGACAUCAACAGUGAGAAGGGCUAUGACAAGAUUAAAGCGUACAACCAGAGCAAGCUAGCUAACAUCCUCUUCACCCGAUCCCUGGCGAAAAGGCUACAAGGUACAGGCGUGACGGCUUACUCCCUCCAUCCCGGCGUGGUCCAGACCGACCUGUGGAGACACGUCAAUGGAGCCCAGGCGGCUUUCAUGAAGAUGAUCAGCCCCUUCACCAAGACCUCCGCCAAGGGAGCCCAGACCUCCAUCUACUGUGCUGUGGCCCCCGAACUAGAGACCGAGAGUGGCGGCUACUACAGUGACUGCGCGCCGGCCAGCUGUUCGAGGGCUGCUUCAGAUGAUGACAUGGCACAGAAACUCUGGGAGCUGAGCUGCCAGAUGCUGUCUGUUUCGUGGGAUUGAAUACCUCAGAAGUAAUGCAUAGUGUGUGGUCUAUAUAUGGGCACUGAAAAGUGAAAAGUUAUUGUCAUGCUAUAACAUACAUACUUACAAUGUUGGAUAUUAUCAGACAGUUUUGAAGAGUCAAUAAGUAAACAUGACAUGGUAUUUACCCACUCCGUAUUUCAUUGGGACAUUCUAAUGUCCCCUUUCCACUGUAGCUCUGCAUAUACAGUUUUCUAUGUUUUAACAUUUUUUUCUAAUGAACAUUAGUUUUUGAUAAUAAUAGUAUACAUUUUUUAUAUACUUCUUUUAGAUACUUCUACAUACCAAACAAUAUCUUCAGCAUCUCUAAGAUUAUUGAAAUGUUCUUUCACCAUUUACAUUUUUGUUCUCUUUCCUGAAGUUUUAUUUAUUACCGUCUGUUGUCUGCAGUGAUAAGAUCUGGUCUGUAUGUAUGGGGGGCUUUCUGUUUUAUUAUUUUACUAAAGACAUUUUUCAAUCUGCUACACACAGACGAUUGAACACAUCAACAAACAAAAAAUAAAUACAUUUGAUUAAAUUA